AUGGGAUCCAUAUCUCACGAUACACUGGCAACGGGUUCGCCAUACCCAUCCCAUCUUCAGCAAUUUAUCGGAAAGCAUAAGUCCGAGUUGCCUUCCCCUUCAUUAUGCCUAUCUCUUCCUGUGAUGAAGCGGAAUGCGCGAUCUUUCCAUGAAAAGGUCAAGAAAUCGGGCGUAGAUUUCCGCGCCCACGUCAAGACGAACAAGACAGAAGCUGUCUCUCGGAUCCUCCUGGGCGACGUAACGAGUAAGGUCAUCAUAUCAACGUUGAGAGAAGCGCGCGGACUUGAUAGUCUGAUCACGGAAGGAGUGGUCAAAGACCUUCUCUAUGGCGUUCCCAUUUGUCCCUCUGUGGUUCCAGAACUGGACCAGCUCUCCAGGAAGGUCACUACGAGGCUCCUCAUCGACCACAUCGACCACGUGUCUAUCCUGUCACAAUAUGUCCGAUGCAGAGAGAACUGGGGGAAACCAUGGACAGUCUUCAUCAAAUUAGACAUGGGGGGUCGACGUGCAGGCUUGCCUCUAGAUUCACCUGAGUUGAAGAAGCUCGUCCGUGCAGUCGAAGAAGCACCAAAUGUAGAGAUUUAUGGAUUCUAUUCUUAUUCGGCAAAGACGGCGAAUCGAUGGACCGUGGAGAUGGCUGAGACAGUACUUCAAAAUCAUAUCACCGGGGUGUUGGCAGCCACGGAGCUUUUGUCGGAUCCAACAAAACCUCUUACCUUGUCGAUCGGAUCAUCACCUACAGCCAGAGUUAUCCGCUCGAUCAAGGAGCAAGUUGCUUCGAACAUAACUUUCGAGAUUCAUGCCGGCAAUCUAGGCACAUUCAUCUAUAAUGACCUUCAGCAGCUUUCCACGGGCACCAUCGAUUCUUCGAACCUCGCAAUGUCCGUGAUAGCCGAGGUAUGCUCCGUCUACAGCGAGCGCAACGAGGCUUUGAUCAACGCCGGCGUCCUCGCUCUCACUCGCGAACCAGGAGAGUUAAGUGGCAUUGCUCGGGUUCGAGACAAAAAGAAGAAAGGAUGGAUCGUUGGACGUGUGAGUCAGGAGCAUGGUAUACUAGUGUAUGAUGGAGAUGACAACCAACGCGCCCAGGAUGUGUGGACCAUUGGUGACAAGGUUGAGUUGGAUGUCCAGCACACCUGCAUUGUCGGCGCGAUGUAUGGAUGGCAUUUUAUCACCGACGAGGAUGGUACUGUCCGGGAUAUACUCUUUCCAUGGAAGUGGUGGUAG